CUUGUAUCUAUGGAAUGACUCUGAAUGGCUAUGCUUGCUACAAGGAAAAGUAUCUAGAGGAAAAGGAAUCUGUUCAAACCUCCUUAUAAUUGACCAUCAUUGGAAGGGCGCACAAGUAACUGUCAAUUGUGGUUGCCUUCAGAGAAGAGAACUUAAUGGCUGGAGGUGAGAAGUGUUCAUCAUCUUUUGAAUUUUGUUCCAUGUUCAUAUAUUACCAACUCAAAAAAUAAAUACAUGUAUUUUUAAAGAACUUGGAAUUAACUCCUAUUUUUGAAGUCUGAAGAGAUGAGAAUUAAGAGAUAACUAAAUCUGAAACUUGGGUGCAGCAGAAGCUUGGGGCUCAUCUGUUACCUGAAAUUCUCCACACCUUCAUUUUUCUUUUUUUCUGAAGCAGUUGAAACUUUACAUAUUUAAAUAUCUAUGGCUUCCUAGGUAGGGUUUUUGUUAUGCCAUACAUCUGUGUAUUUCUCAAUUUCUUUGCUUGGAACAGAUUCAUUAAAUUCUAUUAAAUACUCAAAAGGUAUAAAUCAUGAAAAGUGGAAGGACUUUCAAUAGGAAUUAUUUUUCAGGAGCUUAGAAAUAGUUACGCCUAAUGGUUUUAUAAUACCUGCAGUGCAGCAUUUUGCAGUGUACGGAAUGCACUCACAUACUUUAUCAGCUGAUCCUUUGUGCAGAAGCUCCAUGUGAUUUUUGCUAUUCUCAGCUUUGACCAUGAACUAAAAUUAGAACUAGGCUGACAUUACAUUUCACUUGGUUACAGUCUGACUGAGGAUUUUAAUCAUUCGGAGUCACACUGAAAACAAUUCUCCCAGCAAUCCACUCCUAGCUGAUGCACUAACUUUGGGCAUGUCAGCGUUUGCAUCUACCGACUGUGGCCCUUUCUGAGAUGGCAUCUGUGAUUCAGCUAUUCAAAAUGAAGUUGGUGACUCUGUGACAAUGUGGAGAAGUCAUGUCAGACAAUGUGGUUUGUACUGGGGCUGUCAAUGCUGUAAAGGAAGUUUGGGAGAAAAGAAUAAAGAAAUACAAUGAAGACCUGAAGCGAGAGAAGGAAUUUCAACAAAAGCUAGUGCGAAUCUGGGAAGAACGAGUGAGCUUAACCAAGCUAAGAGAAAAGGUCACCAGGGAAGAUGGAAGGGUCAUUUUGAAGAUAGAAAAUGAGGAAUGGAAGACCCUCCCUUCUUCUCUACUAAAACUAAAUCAGCUACAGGAAUGGCAACUUCAUAGAACUGGCUUGGUGAAAAUUCCUGAGUUCAUUGGAAGAUUCCAGAACCUUAUAGUGUUAGAUUUAUCUCGAAACACAAUUUCAGACAUACCUCGAGGAAUUGGACUGCUCACUAGACUUCAGGAACUGAUUCUUAGUUACAACAAAAUCAAAACUGUCCCCAAGGAACUAAGUAACUGUGCCAGACUGGAGAAACUUGAACUUGCUGUUAACAGAGAUAUAUGUGAUCUUCCACAAGAGCUCAGCAACUUGUUAAAGCUUACUCACCUUGAUCUGAGUAUGAACCACUUUACUACAAUCCCUCCUGCUGUGUUGAACAUGCCUGCCCUUGAGUGGCUUGAUAUGGGAAGCAACAGACUUGAACAACUUCCUGAUACUGUAGAAAGAAUGCAAAGUCUACACACAUUAUGGCUCCAACGGAAUAAAAUAACAUGCUUGCCAGAAACAAUCAGCAAUAUGAAAAAUCUGGGUACUCUUGUUCUCAGCAACAAUAAACUGAAAGAUAUUCCAGUGUGCAUGGAAGAGAUGACCAAUCUAAGGUUUGUGAACUUCCGAGACAACCCACUGAAAUUGGAAGUAACACUUCCUCCUGGAGAAAACAUAGAUGAGGAAGAGGAAAGGGAAUUAUUCGGCCUUCAGUUUAUGCACACGUACAUACAGGAGUCACGGAGAGCAGGUAACCAAGUCAACUGCUCUACUACUUUACCAAACUCUAUAAAUGCUGAUGGAUAAUAUAAUUCAAGAUGCCCUGCUGAAGAGGAUUACUUUGGGAAUUUGGUGAAUUCUCUAAUGUUUGGACUUCUAAAGUAAAAAACAAAGCCAUUACCAAAGUUCAAUGAGGCCACAUUUUUUAAAGUUCAUAUUAUCUGCUAUUUAAAUUAUAUUUUCAUGAAUAUAAAAAUACAAUUAAAAAAUUUUUUUUGGUGGAAGACA